AACGCGCAAUGUUUCGCUAUAAGUUUCCUUUUGGGGACUUCCAAACCAUAACAACAAUGACUGAAACCGGUAUAACUUUCGAUCCGCCGGUGUACGAACAGCGUUACUGUGCAGCGAUCCAGAUCCUGGAAGACUCUCGCUGGGCAAAUCAGAUUAAGAAGGUUGUGGAGUUUGGCUGUGCCGAAAUGAGACUUUUCCAUCUAAUGCGUCGCAUAGAGAAUAUAGAAAAUAUUUUAUUGGUUGAUAUUGACGAGCCCUUACUUAGGAGACAUUUGUGUAGCAUCAAUCCAUUAGUCUCUGAUUAUGUUAGGCGACGUGCGUGUCCGCUAAAUGUUCAGGUUCUUCAGGGAAGCGUUGCAGAUUCUUCGGAAGAAUUAAGAAACACAGAUGUUGUAAUUGCACUAGAGUUAAUCGAGCAUGUAUAUGACGAUGUUUUGUCCAAAAUUCCUUCAAAUAUUUUUGGUUUUAUGCAGCCAAAAUUGGUAGUUUUUAGCACACCAAAUUCUGACUUUAACGUUAUAUUUACGCGUUUCAAUCCAUUACUACCUAAUGGAUUUCGCCACGAUGAUCACAAAUUUGAAUGGACUCGAAAGGAAUUCAAAUCGUGGUGCUUGGGCAUUGUUGAGAAAUAUCCGAAUUACAUGUUCUCACUAAUGGGAGUGGGGAAACCGCCCAAAGACCUAGAAUCUGUGGGACAUGUUUCACAAAUAGCCGUAUUUGUUCGUAAGGAUUUCCUGGAUAUGGAGUUGGAGAAUCCUUUGGAUUCAAAUCCGAAACCAAAUGAGGAAUCCACGCCCUAUAAGUUAAUUCACUCUGUCGACUACCCUUUUAAUGUGGACACUCGCACCGAGAAGGAAAAAAUAUGGACCGAAGUCCAGAUUGAGUUGCAGCGUUUCAAAAGACUAGCCAAUUCUUCUGAGAACGAGAUGGACUCCUACCAGGGCAAUUAUAAAUUGCCAAUUGCUCUCCUAUUGGAUCGCCUAGAACACGUCGGAGCAACUGCAAAUAUCCUCGAAGAAAUACUAAAGGAGAACAAGUUAAAUGUACAGAAUGAAUGUGUUAUAAUAGAAGACAGCGAUGAGGAAUCAGAGUGGUCAAAUCCCGAUGACUUGGCAGAAUAUCCUUUCCAGGAGAUUGUAUUGGCGGACCAGGAACAAGCAGAGGAGUGUUGGGACUUGACUCCGAAGUAGUAACUUAAGUUAUUCACCUUCUAAGACCUUCUAAAUACACCGACAAAUUAUCAUA